AUGCCUGCGCUCGGACCUGAUCAACCCGCCAUCUGCAUCCUGAUUGACCUUUAUCCGCACAGGCCGCUGCCCGACGAACGUCCACGUCAAAGUGUCGCCAACCUCAUCGGACGCUUUGAGCAGCAGAACAAACGGCAGUCUGCUAUCAAUCCCACACCCCCGCGCUCGUCGAGCGUCGCGUCGCAGUGUACCGGAGAUGCGGCAAAGGAGGAGCUGAGAGAGAAGCGGGAGUGGCCCCCCAAGCCCCGGGGCCCCAUCGUUGCAUCGUCGUUCGAGAGCAAACCCGAGUUCGAGGCCAAGUCUCCCGAGCCUGUCCCACCCCCGCCACUAGCAGAACCUGCGCCCAUCCCUGCACCCGUCCUUGCACCCGUCCCUGCGCCUGUCCCUGUGCCGGAACCGGCUACGGAACCAGAGGAACCCGCAGCUCCUACAUCGCCCGUAUCAGAGAAGGUUACUUCCACACCAUCGUCUCCGAAGGCGAAACCCGCAGCGUCGAAGCCCACAACAGCCAAACCUGCCCCCACCCCCGCUCGCACACCAGGUACGCCGUCCAAGACGCGUGAGAGCAGACCAACGACGACCUCGAAGACCCCCGUUCGCACCCCGGCCAAGUCUCCGCCUUCAUCGUUCCACCCGAGCAUGUCCACGACCUCGGUCUCCUCCGCGAGGGCGUCAGGGCCCAUCAAAGCCACCCCGUCCCGCUCUCGGCCGCCCUCUCGCGCAGCCGCGACGCCGUCGCGUCCCAAGACCCCGUCCAACUCCCGCCCGAAGACCCCAUCGUCAAUUCGGUCGAAGACGCCCUCGAACACCACGUCCCCGAAGCCGCCCCGAGUCUCCACGGGCCUCUUCGCGCCUACUGCGGCGUCUCUCGCGCGCGCGAAGGCCGGGGACGCUCCCCCAGCCCCAGUGCGCAAGGCGACGGCGACCAAGGAGUCCCUCGAGCGCCUGAGCAAACCCACCGCGGCGAGCAUGUCCAAGGCGCGCGCACCGACGCUGUCGUUCUCAACGCCGUCCUCGACGCCGCCGAAGGCCCCCGCCACGCGUGGCGCAGCACCCGGGGGAGCGCGUGGUAGUGCACCCGCGAAGGCGCGGGUGGGGGCUGCGGGCGCGAAGGUGAAGGAUCCGAAAGCGGUGACGACGAAGGCGAAGGUCGCUGCUGGUGCCGCUGCGGCGGCUGCGGCCACUGCGGCAGUCGUCGCUGCAGAACAGGUGGAGGAGCACCACGACGAGGCGGAGCACGAGGAGCCGAAUGGACACGAUCAGGAGAGUUCUGGUACGCUUGUGGACGGAGCCGAGCACCACGACGAACCGGAGGAGAUGCUGGAAGAAGAGCAUGUGGAGGAACAUCAUGAUGAGCCCGCGCAAGACGAGCACGACGACGUCGAGGAGCCCGAGUCCGUUCAGCAUGAGGAGCCGGCUACACAAGAAGAACCUGUUGAACUCGAGGAGCCUACUGUUGACGUUGAAGAGCCGUCCCCGGUCGAAGCCGACGCUGCUGAAGCUUCCGACGAUAUACCCCCCGUCGUUGAACCGGAAACCGAACUUGAAGCCGCGCACAGCGAGGCCAAGACCCAUGCCGACACCGAAUCCGACACCGUAACUGGCUCCGUCACCGCCGACAAGGCUGCCGGCGAUUUGGAUGAUAUGGUCAAGUUCCUCGAGACCGCCCCGGUUCCCGCUCGCCCCACGAGCACCAUCGAUAUCCCUGACGAGGUCGCCGAUAUUCCCGACGAAGAGUAA